AUGGGUCCUUCUGGCAUCAACGGCGAGCGAUCUCGUUCUUCUCAUCACUCUAGUAUGACUAAGAGUUUCGGCGGUGGCAAAGCGAGCUGGAACGCCAACAUUUGGGGAGACAGCAACCUAGGAGGUGGUUUCGACGAUCAACCUAUUACCGAGUCUGCUUUCGAAGGGAAAUCAGGUUCGGGCUCACUAUUAUCGACUUCAGAGUCGGAUGGUUGGACAACCCGCCCUAACCUUCCAUGGAGUACGGUUAAUACGACGUCAUCUCUCUCUCGAGCGCAGACCAGUGGUAUGUCUACUUCCCCAGUUCAAGCCCGUGCUGGUGAUAGGAGUGGCCCGGCCUUGACAGAAUCGGCCGAUGCGUCUUCGUAUUUCACACUGCCUCGCUCCAAUGGACUGGCAACCUCGGCUGGAGGAACGAGCCACAAGAAUUAUCUUAACACUUCGAAUGAUGGUAUUUCGCCCUCUGGCGAUGGCAUGUCUUUCGGUACCUUUGGGUUUAGGAACGGCGAGAACAGACGUCAUGUCAGCACAUCGGCUUUUGGAACAAGCCCCGUGAACUCAGGUUUUCCUAUGAAGGGUGGUUUCUCUGGCGCUCUCGAUACCACGAGAUCGGAUGAAAUGGCUAGCUCUAUGGCCAUGUCUGGUCUGCCCCAAGGUAUCCCGGAGAAUAUGACCCAGCCUCUGGGUCGAAACCCUUACGCCCACGUCCCUCACAACUCCGCUUCGUUCGCUCAGCGCCCUACACAUUCAGCCCACCCAUCUUUCCAUUCCGAGAGCCAAGGAUUUGAGGGUCGAUAUGUAAAUGGGUCGGUGGACAUCAAUGCUGGUUUUAACAAGUUGCAGCUAAACGAUGGCGGUUUCUCUACGCAACCCGGGGUUCAACGUCCACCUUACCUCUCCCAAGGGUCUUAUGAUGCUACCUUCCAACGGUUGAAGUAUCAAAACGGAGGCGAAGAGCCCAACUACCAGGCUGUUGCAGGCUACACAGCCGACGGCCCCGCAGACCUCCCCCUGGGCUAUGCCCCCAGAUCUCGCGUUGAAGGUGACUCAAUCUCGCCGACAGAGUACCCCCGAAUGGGUAGCCCCUUCUAUCCUGGUAUCGAGAAUGCAGCUGGCGCUGUACCUCACUAUAGAAAUCCAUCUGGAAGUCGCCUAUCUGACGGCCAGGCGGCUGCACUCGAGCGCAAGCUGCGGGGCAUGCAACAAGAGCAGGAAUUUGUGCAGCAGGCUGGCAACCCGUUGCAGAGAGCCCAGUUCCCGGGGUCCUAUGACUUCGCAGGGUACCAAGCGGCGCGACUGAAUGCUCUGUCUGGAUUCUACCCCGUCGCUCAUCUGGGUAGCCUCGGUGCCGCCGCCAUGGUUUCCCGGUCUCCCCGUGACCAUGAUCCCACACAGGUUGUCCGUAGCCCGCUUUUGGAGGAAUUCCGAGCCAAUAGCAAAGGUAACAAGCGAUAUGAGCUCAAGGACAUUUACAACCACGUUGUCGAAUUUAGCGGUGACCAGCACGGAUCUCGAUUUAUCCAGCAAAAAUUGGAGACCGCCAACAGCGAUGAGAAGGAGCAAGUGUUCCGCGAGAUUCAGCCUAACUGCCUCCAGUUAAUGACGGAUGUUUUUGGAAACUAUGUUGUACAGAAGCUGUUUGAGCACGGUAACCAAACUCAGAAGAAGAUUCUGGCAAACCAAAUGAAGGGACACGUUCUGGCUUUGUCCACUCAAAUGUAUGGUUGCCGAGUGGUGCAGAAGGCAUUGGAACAUAUCCUUACAGACCAGCAAGCAUUCAUGGUAAAGGAACUUGAAAACCAUGUGCUGAAAUGUGUUCGUGAUCAGAACGGAAACCAUGUGAUUCAAAAGGCCAUUGAGAGGGUCCCCUCUCAUUACGUGCAGUUUAUUAUUAACGCCUUCAAGGGCCAGGUCAACCGACUUGCUGCUCAUCCUUAUGGCUGCCGUGUUAUCCAGCGGAUGCUGGAACAUUGCGAAGAGGUGGACCGUGAAUCGAUUCUUGGUGAACUUCACGCCUGCACGGCUACCCUCAUUCCCGACCAGUUUGGAAACUACGUGAUUCAACAUGUCAUUGAGAAUGGGGAAGAAAAAGACCGAUCCAGGAUGAUCACCAUCGUCGUUUCACAACUGCUGAUGUACUCGAAACACAAGUUCGCCAGCAAUGUGGUCGAGAAGAGUAUUGAGUUCGGUGAAGAGUCGCAGCGUCGCCACAUCAUUAGUACCUUGACAUCUCCUAAUGAGAGAGGCGAGAGCCCUCUGCUAGGGUUAAUGCGCGACCAAUAUGGAAACUAUGUCAUCCAGAAAGUUCUUGGUCAAUUGAAGGGCGCAGAAAAAGAAGCCCUUAUCGAGGCAAUCAAGCCUCUGCUCAGCCAGCUGAAAAAGUUCAGCUACGGCAAGCAAAUCGUUGCCAUUGAGAAGCUCAUCUUUGAUCCGAACUCUCCUACAAGCGCGGUCCUACCCCACUCCGCGACUUCCACAACACCUCCCAACUCUCACAAAUCGUCUCCCCAGCCGUCCAAGCGCUCAGUAAACGACACCUGCCGAGCCCCUGUUGUUGGAGCAGCACCGCCGACUCCUCCGCCUACGGACAACCAAAGCAACUCUGAUGGGGCUGGUGAGACCAAGGGUCUCGCCAAAAGCACGGUGACCUCUGUACCUGCGACUGAAGGAACUGUGACCGACUCUACUGCUCCCACAGAAGUCACCGGAGCAACCUGA